AUCAGCUGUUCCACACUUCCCGACCUGGCCAUUAAUCACACCACCCUUGCCGCGCCGCUCUCGUCCAAAACCCAGCGGCCACGGCGAUAUCUCCUCCCCCUUCCCUCCGGCAGCCGGCGGUGCCGAUGCACCGCAUGGCUCGCCUCCCGCUGCUGCCGGCUCUAGUGCUGGCACUCGCCUCCGCGCUGGCCCCGUCCGUCAUCGCCGACCCGCAGGCCACGCUGCUCAACCUGGGGUGCAGCCAGUACAACGCCACGCCCACGGCCGCCUUCCUCGUCGCCCUCAAUUCCACCUUCGCCAAGCUCCGCGCCAACCUCUCCGCCGGGGGCUUCGCCACGGCGUCGGAGCCGCGCGCCGCCGCGCCGGCGUUCGCGCUGGCGCAGUGCCGCCCGUACGUCACCGGGAGGGACUGCGUCGCCUGCUUCGACGCCGCGGCGGCGCGCAUCCGCGCCUCCUGCGGCGCCGCCAACGGCGGGCGCGCCAUCCUCGACGGCUGCGUCAUACGGUACGAGAGCGCGGCUUUCUUCGACCAGUCCACGCUCCCUGGCAACACGCAGCUCUGCAAUGGCUCCGCCGUGGCGGGCGGCGGCUUCGACGGCGCGGUGCGAGCGCUGAUCGGCGACCUCGCGGCCGCGGUGCCGCGCGCCCCGAGGCUUGCCGCGGCCGCCGCGGGCGCCGGCGUGUACGCGAUGGCGCAGUGUGUGGAGACGGUCGGGGCGGGGGGAUGCGCGCAGUGCCUGCAGGUGGCUUCGAGGAACAUUGGCGGCUGCUCGCCCAAUUCCGACGGCCGCGCCGUGGACGCCGGAUGCUUCAUGAGGUACUCUGAUAAGCGGUUCUUCCCAGCUAAUGCCACCGUAGACUUGGCGGCAUACUUGCUCUCUGGAAAAUCAAGAGGGAAGGGAGCCAUCAUAGGAGGAAUUUUGGGAGGUGUAGCCUUCCUGUUGCUUCUAGGGUUACUAGCUUUGUUGUGGAUCCGUCGUUCUAGGAAGCUGCAGAAGCCUCGGAGAGGUGAUAUACUUGGAGCAACGGAACUACAAGGUCCAACCAGUUUUUACUAUCAUGAUCUUAAGGUUGCAACCAAUAAUUUCAGUGAGAAAAAUAAACUUGGAGAAGGUGGUUUUGGAGAUGUAUUUAAGGGUUUGCUGAAAAAUGGGAAAACUGUUGCAGUAAAAAGAUUGACAGUAAUGCAAACCAGCAGGGCCAAAGCAGAUUUUGAAAGUGAGGUGAAGUUGAUUAGCAAUGUUCAUCACCGAAAUCUUGUAAGGCUUCUUGGUUGUUCUCGCAAGGGUUCCGAAUGCCUGCUUGUUUAUGAAUAUAUGGCGAACAAUAGCCUUGACAAGUUCCUCUUCGGUGAGAGACGCGGAACACUUAGCUGGAAGCAACGAUUUAACAUCAUUGUUGGCAUGGCUCGUGGCCUUGCAUAUCUUCAUGAAGAGUUCCAUGUGUGUAUCAUACACCGUGAUAUUAAAUCUAGCAAUGUUCUUCUUGAUGAUGACUUUCAGCCUAAGAUUGCUGAUUUUGGUUUGGCAAGGCUCCUACCUGAUGAUCAUAGCCAUCUCAGCACUAAAUUUGCAGGAACACUGGGUUACACUGCUCCUGAGUACGCAAUCCAUGGCCAACUAUCAGAGAAGGUUGACACAUACAGCUUUGGCGUAGUCAUUCUGGAAAUAAUAAGUGGUCGGAAGAGCAAUGAUACAAGGCUGGAGCCUGAAACACAGUACCUACUUGAAUCGGCAUGGAAGUUAUAUGAAAAUGAGAACUUGAUUAGCUUGGUGGACGAAUCGUUGGAUCGUGAAGAAUACAAGUCAGAAGAGGUAAAGAAAAUAAUAGAGAUAGCACUUCUGUGCACUCAAUCAGUGGUUGCUUCAAGGCCAACGAUGUCAGAGGUGGUUGUGUUGUUGUUGUCAAGAAAUUCUUCAGAAUUACAGCCCACAAGGCCCACAUUUAUUGAUUCAACAAGUAGAGUGCGAGGUGAAACAUCCUCCUCAAGUUCAUCCUCUGCAUCCAGGGCCACUGUCUCUAUUUCACAGUUUUCAGCCAGUUUUCAUGAACGUCUACAGAAAGUAAGCUACAGCCCUUGGAACUCUGCAGGCAUCCUUUCUGAUAAGCUAAGUAUUGAGUAAACCUAAUAAUUUUAUUUAUUUAUUCAUAUGCAUAGAAUACAAAAAGUACAUGAAGCUCCAGGUAACCGCAUCCCCUCUUUCUUGAAUUGGCAGGGGUGACACCACCCUGCACUUUGUUGGAAACAAUGUCAUAUCUGAUAAGUUAUGGUGGAUGCGACAACAGUUGCUGAUACAAACUGCAAAUGAGAGGGAAGAUCGGAAACCAAUAUAUAGAGGCUUAUGUGGGUUCUGCAUGGGCUAAUAACCUUUCCAUGGCAGCAAUAUAAUUGUAUAUUUGGGAUUGCUCAGAAAGUUGGAGAUGAUUUGUCGUCCUACAGACUGACUACUAAAAUUCUUCAAUGCUGUCACAUAGGUAAUCAUUAAUUUAUUAGUUAACUGAAUUGAGGUUACUCCUGAAUAUCAUUUUUUGAUAAAUAGUUAUCCUGUGUUUCUUAAUCUAUGUACUAAUAGCUUUAUGCGUUGGUCAAGAAAUUCUGACAUUCACAUUAUUCAUAUUUUAAUCUGUUAUUAUGUGGGUGUCAGUGGUCUAGCACUAUCGAGUGGUCUACUUAUCUUUUUUGCUUCCCCUGCCUUAGUGUGUGCCACAUAAGCUGACUUCACUACACAACAUUCAGGUAGUGAGCAUCCAAGUUGUUGCACACCAAUAUAUUGUUUCACAUUAUGUGAUGGAGACAAUUCAUCCUGUAAUUGAUGUAGACAGAUUUUCAAUUAUCAUACUACCUGUCUAUAGUAUCAGCAAAUUAUUGUAUCAUAGAGCUCUUAUAUGAGUAUGUCAUUGAACUAUUGUAUAUGAACUCUCCUGUUGAUGGUGGUUGGGUGUU